CUACUCUCCGUUUUGAAACUCACCUCAUUCACAAAUGCGCGCCUCCUGGGACCGGUAUUGUCUCACUAGGGCUUGAUGCCAUCCGUCCAUCUGCCAGAAGCGCCGAUGGACUGGCAUGCCCUGGGAUACGCCAGCGGCCAAUCUUUGUGCCGUCCCAGCUUGCGCUGGCUUCCUUGAGCGCUUAUGUCUAAAUCCGCCACUCUGGCGCUGGGCUCUUGGUGGCUGUGAGCCGUGGCAUCGUCCUGGUGUGGCAGCGUGCAUGGAAAAACGCGGCACGGACACGAG